AUGCGCUUCCUUCUCUGUUGGCAGAGCGAGGAGAACGCGACGGUGAUGGUCUCAACUUUUCGAGAAAAGGCUACAUCCUCAACUGCAAAUCAGUCGAGAUGGAUUGGAUGUAUUCACUUCACAAUUGACAGUUUGCAAGAACUGCUUGUGAUGAAGCCAAUCAAGACACAGGGGACGGACGCACGAGCUUUCCAUUGGUUGGCUCAAUCCAAUCAGCAGUGGAAGCGCUAUCGAACCACCAUGCGGACCUCUUGGGCACCAUUGUAUAGCUUCAUGGAAUGCUCGCACGCUCUAGAGGAGGGAUUUCUUUCCGUGGAUGAGUGUCACAUUCCAGAUACUUCAAAGCACAUAGGGGAUUUGGUUGUCAGUCCCUAUGAGGCCACUUACGAAUAUCCCGACCAGCCAAUAAACAUCGUCUGCGCUAACUGCAGCAAACCAAUCAUAGAGCGGCAUUACCUCCUAGCCGAUGGCCAAUUUUGGCACGCGACAUGUUUGCGAUGCGCGCUUUGCGGUUGCGAUCUCCAGUGGCAAACAUCGUGUUUUCAUCACAAAGGGCGUCUGCUCUGUUGGCAGGAUUAUGCAAAUUGUACUACAUGUCCCACCUGUGACCGACGUUUUUGCGAAGGCGAUCUCGUCAUUUCCUUUCAAAUGGGUUUGUCCUUCCACGUUGAAUGUCUUCGAUGUCGAACAUGCGAAGCGACUUUUCAAAUUGGUGACCGAUGUUUCGUGGAAAACGGUGGACGUCAUGGCGUCUCCUGUCUCACCUGCCACCAUCUAAAGCCGCGGAAAACACGAAGUCGCCCUGCCUUUUUUCAGAUGACUUCAAACUUCACCACCUCGUCAUCCUCCUCUUCUACUGAAGUCACCGGUGGAGAGAUUCAGGGAAAGGCAAAAAACCGCCCCAUCUCCAAUGCUUCCAUCGCUUCAGAUAAUUCUCAGAAACGGAUUCGAACCUCCUUUAAGCACGAUCAACUUCGUCUGAUGAAAGCCUACUUUAGGAUGAAUCAAAAUCCCGACUCAAAAGAGCUACGACACCUAUCAGCUCAAACCAGCCUAUCAAAACGCGUCCUUCAGGUUUGGUUUCAAAACGCCCGGGCUAAAUAUCGUAGGUGGACAACAAAUUUGGAGGUUAAAGCCAAUGAAGUACAAACCCCAGAGACUGGCGACAACCAAAUGCCAACGGACACAAGCGAGGACGCCGCGACAAUGGAGGAGCCCACACACUCGUGUAGUUUUGACUCGUCAUUCACUCACAAAACGAGCAUUGUAUGA